CCGAUUCCAAUCAAGCAACCAAGUUCGAUCUUUUAUCAAUGUUAUUUCAUCCUCAAUCAAUUAGGAUACUUAUCAUGGGAAAACAGAGCUCGUUUUGAUUUGCUCAAGAAAAGUGAAAUGCUGCUUCGUGAACUAAAAAACCUUGACAAUCGCCACUGCCGGGAAACACAUAAAUUAGCUGUUAUAUACAUUGCAAAUGGCCAAGAAGAUAAAAGGUCAAUAUUUUCCAAUUUAGGUGGUAGUAAAGAUUAUGAAGAAUUUGUAGCAGGCUUAGCAUGGGAGGUGGACUUAUCAACACAUGUUGGGUUCUUAGGUGGUUUACAACAAAACGAAUCAACCGGUACUACUGCACCAUACUUUGCCACAUCGACAACAGAGGUAUUAUUCCAUGUCGCGACUCGGAUGCCCUCCUCAGAUGAAACUCUGAAUAAGAAGGUGAGACAUUUAGGUAACGAUGAAAUCCAAAUAGUUUGGUCUGAGCACACAAGAGAUUAUCGUCGAGGCAUAAUCAAUACUGAAUUUGCGGAUGUAAUUAUUGUAAUUUACCCAUUAAAAAAUGGCCUAUAUAGAAUUCAAAUUGAUAAAAAACCAGAGAUUCCUUUGUUUGGUCCACUAUUUGAUGGUGCAGUUAUCAGUAAAUCUAUCUUACCUGUCUUAGUAAGGGCAACUGCAAUAAAUGCAAGUAGAGCCAAAAGAUCACAAUUGCCUCUUUAUCGAUUAUUGUAUCCUUUAACUAUAUCAUGUAAAAUGAAAAGAUUCUAUUUUAACCUCUACAAUAAUGCUUCUACUUCGAGUUAA